CAUCGAUGUGUUGUUACGCUGCCCGUCACGGAGUCACUUUGCUUGGCUGAAAGAAUUCGCCGACUUGUCAAUCAACACGUUAAUUGCUGUGUCGGUUUUAGCUAACUUCGCCCUUAGCCACCAACUGAAAAAGGCGCACUAGCUGCUAGCCUAACGUUAGCCGGGGUGAGGCGGUUAUGCUACAUCAAAGUUAGGCAACAACUUUGAUGUCAACUUGUUGCCGCAGUUUACCGCCAACUUUUUUGUCGAUGCUAUUUUCGUUACUUUGCAGCAGCAUCUUUUCAGAUCUGAGCUAGCUUUCCAAAAGCUAACUUUUUGCAGAAUUGUUAUGUCUGAAGAUGUGCAUUACGAGGAAGUAAAGGGAGCUCUUAUAGAUGACGUGUACAAGCCCAGGGGCAGACGCCAAACUUCAUCCUCCUCGAAGUUGUCCAAUGGAUACGUCCUGCCUGAGGGAAGACUGACCCCCAAUGCACUGUUUGUCGGUGGGAUAGACUUAAAGGUGGAGGAAAAUGAAAUACGCGACUUCUUUGCAAAAUAUGGCGUAGUCAAGGAAGUGAAAAUUAUCACAUACCGUGGAGGAAUCUGCAAAGGUUAUGGCUUUGUGUACUUCAAUGAGGAGGUCAACAUUCCAUCAAUCAUUGAGGAACACAUCAGUUUUAAGGGCCGGAAACUCAAGCUGGGCCCCGCAAUCAUGAAAGAAAGGAGUUUGCGGUCCAUGCCAUCCUGGUCUGGCGCAGCUCAUUGGACGAGCCCCACCCAGUACUUCUACUGUGCUUGCUGCUCACCUGUAGGAGGUGGUGUGGCACAACCUUCACCCAUCCUCAACGGAGGCAGCCCCUACCCUCCGCCAUACUCCUAUUCCAACUUCGGAGGAGGUGUGAUGGUCCCACAGAUGCCAGUGAACUACCCACAGAAUGUCUUUGCCUACCCGUACACUCCAUCUCAAUGGACGGCGGACCAGAGGACACAGCCUGUCAAUCAGAGCUUUGUGGACUGUGGAGUCCAGACUAUGUUGACUGUGCUGUAGUCUACAGAUACAGAGCCUACUGCCAGGCUACAGUGCUGACAGGAUGGACAGACAGACAUGUUGAUGUUCCGAACACCCAGGAGCAUCUCCCCAGACCGAUUUUCAAUAUGCCUUCCUUUCACCUCAAUUUCUGAGACCCAUUUUAGCACCAGACUGGGAACUCCCCACUUUAAUGUACGCGUUUGAUCACAGUCACUUUAACCACAAUUGGUAAGGUUUUACCUGUGAUCGGCGGCUUUUAAUCCACUUGGAUCACAGUAACAAUUGCACAGGAAGAGCAAAACACCCUCACUGGACCAGCUAAUAUAUGGGCUCAAGUUUGUCACUCUUUUUUGUGUUUUCUUUUUGUUAUUUAUCCCCAAACAAAAGGUACAAAAGACUUUUAAGUUCACAAAUUGUGCCUAUUUAUAUUUUAUGUUGUAUUUACUUUUUGCAUUUUUUUGGUUUAUUUAUUUUAGCACCUGCAGUGGCUCGCAAUCUAGUUGUUUGAGCAUUGGAGUAUGCUUCUAUAACUCAAUUUCAGGCCAAUUGCUUCUCUGCAUUCAAAUUUCAAUUAACUUGUCUAAUAUGGCAUAACAGCACUUGGCCAUUCCAAUUAAUUUGUCAUUCAUUUCAAACACUCAUGUUAUCGUUAUUUUCUGGGGGGCUGUUUUUAUUCCAUUGGGUGUCAGUCGAGGUGGUAAAUGAAGGAUGCCUGAUCAUUAUUACUGAACCAAACUUUCCAGGGUUAGUUUCACAGAGCAUGGCACACUGAUCAUCCUUUGUGACACAUUUCAAACCAUCUCCCACCCUGUGACCACACCCCAUCCAACUUUACCAGGGGUUCACACUCAAAGACAAUCACGGCAUCAGUUUACAAUUCCCAUCACUUCAUCAAUCAACUUUUAUAAUGGGGGGGAGAAACGUGAAAAGCAGUUUUAAUCCACUUUGAAAACAACUGUCACUAUUUACAUUAAGGUGAUUUAUUUCAUCUGUUUGGGGCAAAACAGUCACAGUACAAUGUUCACUUUAUACUGAGGGAGAUUCAUAAUAACAUUUCUGGUUUUAAUCCAGUCGCUGGUGAUCUUACAUAAAUAAUUUUACUGACAUUGCAAGUGCGAUCAAUACUUGUUUUUUGUUUUUUUUAUUCUUAUUCAUUAUAUGCACUUGGUAUGUUUUAGAUUUCAUUUCAGGAGCAGCUUUGUUUGGUUGGAGAUUCACAUUUGGUGUUUGGUACACAUCACCUGUUAUCCUUUUAGAUGGGCGUUGGCCUCAGGAUCUCCUGUUUAGACAUCUGGAUUGAGUUAUAUUGUUUUGUUCAGAGAGCCUGGGCACCUCGUAUGUUUGGGUAGUUAGUGUUAUUUGUUAAUGUUCACAUUUGUGCAGGUUUGAAUUUGUCUGAAAAAAAAUAAAGUUGAAAUGUUCUCAUGUU